AUGGUCCAGUUGUACUACAAAACUACAAACCAAAUGCGCAAACAGGCACCCACGUGCUACAGUCACACGUGCACAAAGUCAGCCACGAAAAGCUGGAUGACAUCAGGGCCGAAUGAUUCGUCUGGUUAUACCGAUAUACGUAGCAAACUAAAUUCUCACAUUUUGGCGUCGCGAUUGGAACAAUUCACCAUGCCUGCAGGAGUGGAACCAUUAGAUGUUAAUUCAGCUGCGCGUAAAGUGGAGGAUUAUUUGGUACGGUUCGAUAUAUGGUGCCUCACAAAAUCCAAUAUAGAUGAUAGGAAACUCACUUCAUAUUUCCUACAUUUCGUUGGCAAGGAUGCGUGUACGUUGAUCAGAAAUUUAGUAUAUCCUAAAUCUCCAGUCGACAUUUCCUACACUGCAUUGAAGAAAAAGGUUCUUCAACACUUCAAGCCGAUUAACUUCGUAGCAGCCGAAAGAGCUAGGUUUAAUGUGUUGACCCGCUCCCAUUCUCAGUCGGUUCAUGAUUUCGUGCUACAGCUGCAGACACAGGCAACCAAAUGUGACCACGGUGCCCAAUUGGAAGACCAGCUGCAUGAUAGACUCAUUGCUGGCAUUCAGCUGCCCGAAUUACAGCAGGAGCCGCUAAUCCGUCCGGAUCAGAAAUUCCAAACUAUUCAUAAAAUAUGUAAGCAGUAUGAAGAUGUGAAGCAUGUAACGAAGACUGAGGAAGCAGUCCUUCUUGACUGUGCCAAAACGGCUGAUGUCACAUUUUUCAAGGGUAAUGAUUUACGACCCGCAACAGGAAUAGUGCUUUCAUCAAAUGGCAAACGAAUGGUCACAAUUCUCGAUUUGGAUGAUCUCUCUUGUCAUCGGAGACACAUUGACCAGGUUGAGGUCACUACCAGAGGUCAGUCUGUUAACGGCACUCCUGCUGUUUCAAAUACUAAUGAGUCCUUUGUAGAUGAUCUUAUGGUAUCUGAACAAAACGUAUCUGAAGAACACACAACCUAUGUUGCGGAUGUGAUGAACAUUACUGAUACUCUAUUAAUUGCUCUAUUCAUUAUUCUCUUGUUUAAACAUUCCAUAUGCUGUAUAUAUAUUCGCCAAUUAGAAUACAUGCGUGCUGGUUGCUACACUUCGCUGAAUUCUGGAUUUCUGUUUCGUCUUUUUAUACCGAUAUACGUACGAAGCUUAGUUCUCACAUCUAGCUUGUCGAUGGCCCAUAAUACUAAAUUAAUUCUGAAUCGGGGUAAGGCCAAAGGUCAGAAAAACCGUAAAUAA